UAUGUCAUCCAGAUAUGCAUCUCUCUCUGGUAAUAAUUCAACUAGUCCGGGGCUAGAUCAGAAUAAGAGGAGAUCCGAUUCAAUCAGAUCUAGCGUAGUCUUCGAUAACUCAGGGUUCGAUAGCAUUUGCGAAGAUUCUUCAAGAUCAAAUGAAAAUGAUACGGUUUUGCAAGGUUGGAUAAGAUUUCGAGAAGAUGUAAGAACCAAAAUGGAAGCAGCUAAAUACGAAAUAGACGAAAGAAGGAGAAUAGUCGAAUCUUCGAUUAUUGACUAUUCAAAUAUGCUUCAUAAAAGAGUAGAUGAGUUCGGAAAUGACUGUAUAAAGAAAGCUGACAACAUUAUUAGAACCCUGGAAUAUUCGUCUGACGGUAAGGAUAAAAUUGUUCCAAGCAUACCGCCUGCACCCAACACUGUACCCAUUAAAUUUGAAACACCUGGAGAUUUUCAUGGACGAUUAAAGAAUGCAUUUGGCGAUUUAACAAACUCUGUUCCUAAAAUUCGAAAGAGGUUGAUAGCUGAGAGUGAAGAAGUGGCAUCGAUGGAUGCUUAUGUCUCUACUAAAGACAGUAAACAGUGCGCAAUUUCCGAUGUUGCAUCGUCCAGAGAUGCCAUAGCAACAACCGAUCGUAAUAAUAAGACAGUAAAAAUUUUCUCCAAAGGUGGACGACUAUUGUCCAUAUUAAACCAAAAAAUAAUACGACUACCUGAGUAUGUUACUGCUAUAACAAUAGAAGAGCAAAGCUAUUUUUUCGUGACAGAUACGGGUAACUGUAAAAUACGAAUAUUCGAUACGGAAAAUUUUAUGCAUGUAGGAGAUUUUGCAACUCAAAUUGAAAAACCCGGAUCCUGUUGCUUUUCGAAAUGGAAUGAGCGAGUUUUAGUACUUGAUUUAUCUUUUAAAACAAUUAAUUGUUUUUCAUUUACUGGCCAACGAGAAUAUUCCGUUCCAUCUCAUCUAAAUGAUCCCGCUUAUAUUAAUUGUUCCUUAAAUGGAAUAGUAGUUAUAUCGGAUUGGAAAAAUAACAAAUUACAUAUGUAUAAUAGAAAAUUGUCAAUAGUUAAAACCUUUGAUAAUAAAGGUAUACAUCCUGGACAAUUGGAUAGACCUUUUGGAGUCAUUUUCGACAAGUAUGAUAACUUACUAGUUGCUGAUAAAAACAAUAAAAGAAUACAGGCUUUCGACGAAGAAGGUGAAUUAAGAAAGAUUAUUAUUAAAUUUAAAAAACUGGAUCAACCAAGAUUAGUUAUGGCUAUUACUUUAAACUCGGACGACGACUUGAUUACGGCUGAUCAUCAAGGGAAGAUUAUGACAUUUAGAUACUUGACUAAUUCCAUGGAAUUUUGUGGAUCGCGGGAAGAAUCUGAUGAGUUUGAAUCACCAUUAACUGCAAGGAGCCCCAGAUUUGGGAAUUAUGAAGCCCUAAAAGAUGCCGAUAGUGCUAGUUUAUUGUAG